AUAAACAGGCUGGUGGCUCUGAAAUAAUAGAGCAGUUUACACAGGUUGGCAGACAAUUCAGGAGUUCCUGGGAAGCGGCCAUUUGCCUGACUAUCGAGAAGCAAUCACAGUGAGAAGCCCUUUAUAAGACCGCGCAGUAGACUCGCGCAAUUAGAACUCUAUGCCCAUAAGGAGAGAGUGCCGCCGCCGCCAUCUUUGAUAUGGGCAGAGACCAAUGACACACAAUAUACACCAGCUUCAUACUAACUCAGCGAACCGCAAUUGUCCGCCAUUACUAUGCUGACUAAAAUCACGACAAGCCCAUCUGUGACCAGGUGUAACCGAACGAUCCCGCACAGUUUGCAGCUGCUGGUUGCCAGCAGUCUCGCGCCGUGACGUAACGUCGCCUCUGACGCAAUCACGCGUCUGACGUACACCAGGGAGCCGGCACAGACGCUGAGCAGCGCCGCUGUGUGGAAAUGCCCCCAGUCCCGCUCCCUAGCUGCGCGCGCCACGGCCGGCUCCUCUCGCGGCUCCUGCUGUGGAGAUGGCGGAGCAGCAAAGCGCCCGGGCCGCAGGUCACGCAGCGAGAAACCCACGGAGGGUAAGUGCGCGAUGACGACACCGAGCCGGGACUGACGCGGAUAGCCACGCCCCCCGAGGGCGGGACCCGAUCGUGUCACGUGAUCAUCGCACCGCCUGCUGUGACGUCACGGUUCUGUUUCCAUGCUGCAUUUCAGUAACUGUCAUGGAGGCCAUGAAAUACCUACCAAGUGACCCUGUUUACAAUGGACAGUCCCUCAUAGGGAUCCAAAUCACUGCACACUCUAGUAGCUCAGGCAAAGUUAUUCUCUGAACUUUGUAUUCCCAGCAAAAACAAAGUGUGUUUUAAAUGUACCCAGUGCUGGCAUACUCCCUUAGCAGAUUGCCUGCUACCCUUCUGAGCAGGUGUGCGCCUUCACAGAGCCCCCUCUCCUUACUUUCAACAUUUGGGUGGCACGCGUAGCCGAUUUUGAAUUGCAGACAAUUUGCACAUUGAAUAAACCUGAAAAUGUUUUGUGUGUGCAUAUUUAAAUCAAUGAACCCUAUAGAUCUGUCAGUAAAAAAGAACUGUUGUUUUUUUUUUUGUGUGUUUACAAAAACAAAACACAAAACAACAAAAGUUAUAUACUAUAAAUCCUAACAUUGGGAGGUAUGAAAUAGGACAGGAGUGUUGUGAAUUGUAGGGGUAUGGCAGUGAUGCCACUUGCAUGUCUGACACUGCUCAAAUUGGGUGAUCUUGUUCCCGAAAGGGGUCAAGCUGUCCAAAAAAGUUUGUGAUGCCACGCUGAGUGACAGCCUCCCUCCCGCUCCACUCAGCAGAUACUAAGCAGGGAAUGCUGCUGAAGCACUCUACUUGGUCAGAGUCCUAAUGAUGUGCUCACAAUGUUUUUCCUCAGGAUAGUUUCCUCCUGUCCCAGGGAUACAGGGCAUCAGGGUAGAAAAUCAUGAUGGAAAUUGAACCUGAAAUUGGUACCGUCUAUUAGAUCAUAUGUAAUAGUAAAUAUUUGGAAUAUACUUAAGUGUGUGAUCUAACGCAUUUGUACUACAAAAUGAUUAUCAAUAGGCAACCUGAAAUGUCCCCAAAGUCUAGUCUUUGAAGACAACUGUCCCAGCAACCGCUUAAAAAAAGUAUGUUGAGCCUUGCCCUAAACAGACAGUAAUUUGUCAACAUCCAGUUCAUUCACUAAGCAGGGAAUUGUAAUGACCUGAAAACGGAAUUGAAUAGUUUAGGGAAAAUAUGCAGAUCUUGAAAAUACUUCAACUCAGCUAUUGUCAUAGCUGGGCCAUUGCAGCCUAAAUUUGUACAUUGGUUUUUAGUUUGCUAAAAUUAGAUGAAAGACUUUCUCUUUCCCUUAGACAUUCUUGACUCCUAAAGUAACAUGUUUAAAUCCUAGUCCCGUGAUACAUAGUUCCCAACAAUGGGUCAGAAGUGGACAGUUAGUGACAUUGCACAGCCCACCCAUAGAUUGCAUGGAUCCACCCACAAUGGGGGCAUGGUAGUCUGUUCAACUCCACUCAAUCCAUUUAGCUGAAGAUCUAUGAGCAUGGAAUGACUGCCGUAAGGUUACUCUGCUUAGCGUGAGAGCGCAGCUUAUGCUUCACUGACUGAGACAUUACUUUGUGCUUCUAAAGGGGAUACAAGGUAAUAACAUAACCCCAAAUCCAUGGUGAUAGGUAUGGAUUGAGUGACUAAUAAUCAUCCUAACUUUUAAUUGCCACAAAUGCUUUGUUCUUCAGGGUGGUGACUUUGUCGUAUGACAUGUUUGAAGGAACUGCAUCAGAAGAAACUCCUCUAGUGUUACUGCAUGGGCUGUUUGGAAGCAAGUCAAACUUCCAAUCUAUUGCUCGGGCCUUGGUGCGCAAGACAGGUAGAAAGGUGAGGAUCACACUGACUGGCAAAUGGGUAUUGUUUAAAGGACAAUCAUAAAAAAAAAACGUGUUUCUCAUGGGGGAGUUAUAGUAAGAGAUUCUCAAGGAAGGUACAAAAUUUGAAGAGUCAUGUUGGUAAAAUUUGGAAAUCAGAAGUGAUUUAGCUCAAUGCAUCAGUAGAAUUGUCCCUAACAUUUAAAUCAUGGCUCAUAUUAUGGCUUGUUGACAUAAUUUAACCUCAUUAAUCACUAAAAUAGUUGCCACUAUUGUUGGCAAGUGACAUCUGUUUACUGGCUACAAAUCAUUCAACAACUGGCAAUCAGCAGCUGGUAAAAGUUUUAAAGUUUUUAGAAGUUAGUACGAGAUCCUGAGCACAAAGUAGCACCUUGUUCCUAUGUGAGACUGUAAAAAUGACAUUUGCCACAUCUAGUGAACUUUUUAUAGAGUUGUUAUGGCAAUUAUUUGUAAAAUCUACCCUUUUUUGAUGUGAGCCCAGUUUGCAAUGAUACAAAAUGGUGGUCCCUAUCAGAGGAGAAUGUAGGUAGCUUGCUGAUAUAAAAUCACAGGAACAUGGAUGCCUGUUGGUAUUUUUUGCACAAACAUCUACUGGAUUUUGUUAUAUACAGUGCAUAACAGCUACUUUCUCAAUGACAAGCAUGGGAACAAGUCCAUAGUUGCGAAAAUCCUUACACCUGCCAUAACUUGUGUUCGAAACAAUUGUCUCCUUUUGCACAGCCAUGUGGCAUGGACAGAAUAGUGGUGUGGCAUCACCAAAGUGAAAAAUUCUCCUGCUCGACCACUUGAAAUGUUAUGUCCUUACCAUGUCAAUCACAGGUUUGGCAAACAGUACAGUAGGAAUAUCACACAUGUUUAAGUUGUGUACUUUGGUAUUUUAGUGAGAUUUUAUUUUUCUAAUCUCCGUACUGAGCUUUUGUUUUGUUUUUUGCUUUUUUAUUACACAGGUGUUGACGCUUGAUGCUCGUAACCAUGGUAACAGUCCACAUACUAAUAUUAUCACUUACCCUGCGAUGAGUGCUGAUGUGAAGCACAUCUUGGAACAUCUUCAUAUUCCCUCCUGUGUGCUUAUUGGGCAUAGCAUGGGGGGUAAGACUGCCAUGACCCUGGCACUGCAAGAAGUAAGUAGUACAGAGUACUGAGUAGUACAAUUAAAGGAGCUCUCCUGAAGGAUGCCAUAUCCAAAAUAUAGUUACGGUACAGUGCUUGUCUUUUAAAAGGAUAGUAAACAAUGCGUGCAACAAGCUAAAAGAUGCUUUUUUUGAGUUUGAAAUGUCUAAAAACUGCUAUGUUUACACUAGGGUUAUUCCAGCCUCCAGUGGCAGUCUCAUUGACAGCCGCUAGAGGUACUUUCGCGCUUCUCACUUUGAUUUUCACAGUGAGAAGACGCCAGCGUCCAUAGGAAAGCGUUGAGAAAUGAAAUUGACUGAAUGGCGUUGGAAGAGGGAGGAGAGUCCCCAGCGCCGAGGGAGCCCAGCGCUGGAGAAAGGUGAGUAUUUAACCCCUUCAUCCCCCUUCAGCCAGGCGGGAGGGGGACCCAGAGGGUGGGGGAGACCCAAAGUCCUUAUAGAGCUAGGAAAACAAGUUUGUUUUCCUGGCACUAUAGUGGUCCUUUAACUCCGAGUCCCACCUUGCGAGCUCAGAGUUAGAGGAUUUUUUUAUAGUCAAUGGGAAAAAUAAAAACAAUACAUGUUUAUACUCACCCAAUAUGAAGAUCUGCUGAACUAAUAGUAUAAGCAUACUAUAAGAAUUAAGUGAGCAGAUGGUGGCAGAUUGAGUUUGGUUGUAAGUCCACUGUGGCAUAGAAGAGGCUUCCCCAAACUCCGGCCCUCCAGAUGUUGCUGAACUACAACUCCCAUGAGUCUAUGAAUGAAAUAGAUUGGCUGAGAAUCAUGGGAGUUGUAGUACAGCAACAUCUGGAGGGCUGGAGUUUGGGGAAGCCUGGCAUAGAACUUGGGGUUUGUGUAUGGUGGGAAUGUCAUUGUUUGAUUUGGAUUGCAGAUGUUUUGGGAUCCAGAAGUGAUGUGUGUGGGUGCUUAUUUUAGACAUUUUUUAAAUCUUUUUUUUUAUCAGAUACUCGGUCAGGAUUAUGUUUAUGCGAAAACAUUAGAGUUAGAACAUAGUGCCAAAAAUAAUAAUUAUAUUAAUAAUAAUAAUAAUAAUAAGGCUAACAGAUUCCACAGAGCUUAAAAUAUUAUUAAGGGGACUUUAACAACAAUAAAGUCAAGUUAUUACUUAACUUUGACAGGAACAAUGCCGUUUUCAUUGAAGCUUUGAUUUCCCUUUAAAGCCUUGGUCUCUGAAAACAGCAAAACUGGAAAAUAAAAUUUACCGUGCAAAGUGUCUCUCAGUGCACUGCUUAGUAGGUCUGUCAGUAACUACAGUGGGCCUGUGGGCACAUCCCUCCCACACCAGGAUGAGAAGCUCCAUUCAGUAACAUCUCAAUCUGGUCUGCAGGGACUGACAUUACAAUCCCCUGUCCAUCAUAGAUUUGUGGGAUAAGAAGUUUAUCCCAAAAAAGCGGUUUUAUCCAUGCCAUGGGAUGAUUAGAACUGUUCUUUAAACUUAUAUCAGCCAAAGUCAUAGAUACAGAAGCAAAAGUAUCAUGGUAGUAGAAGAAACAAAUAUAAAAUAUUUAUGAAUGGCUGCUAAUAAGUGCUCUGUAAUCACCAUUAAUGAUUCUCAUUCAACACUGUCCCCAUAAAUUAUCAAUAGGAUGCUUUAAUGUGUGUUUUCUUUAUGUCUGUCUCUGAAAGUCAGCGUGGUAAACAACCGUUGUCCAAUAUGUCCAUAUGUCUAUGACCUGAAAAUGUCAGUUCCUUCAAUAUUCGCAAGUCCUCCAUCUUAUCAAAUCACACUGUUAAGGGUGGGGUUGUCUUUUUUCCAAAACAUAGGGGUUGAAUUUGUUUCGCAGUAUUUAAUAUUCUAACAGUAAGGGAUUUCUUGUACGUAGCUGUCGGUGUGGUGGUGUGAUGUAAGAGGUGAGCAGCUCGAAAGGGAGAGGCGGCUAGUCUUAGAACUUCUUCAAACUUUUAUGGAUUGCUUGCCAAAAAAAAAAGUGUAAUCUUAGGGCAUUCCUACCAGAUGUGUAGAAACCUGUCUGUGCUGCCACCACAGUGCCAACAAUCAUCAUCUAGGAAGGGGUUUAUAUUCCGCAGAAACUGUACCACAAAGACAAACAAUUAUAGGCCAUCUCUUGAGUUUUACUGGCUAGUGCACAAUGAUGGACCAAAUCACAAAUCUUGCCCCGUUUACAGGGGUGACGGAAGUCUCUUUUGUUGUCUACUUCAGGUUUGAUAAAUUAAAUCCUGCCAGUAAAUCCCUGUACAGUGCUGUUCACUAUUUGAACACUAUCUAAUCAUCAACAUGCAGUAUUAUAAAUGGGUUUACCAUUUUCUUAAUUUCUCUCCGUCCCACAGCCUCAGCUGGUAGAACGUUUGGUAUCUGUGGACAUCAGUCCUGUUCCAACUAGCCCACAGUCUGGUUUUCCACAGUACAUUGCUGCAAUGCAGAGCUUGCAGUUGGUAGAAAAAGUGCCUCGAUCUACCGCCAGAAGACUAGCGGAUGAGCAGCUUAGUGCCACUGUGAAGGUACAUACAAUACAUUGCAGUGGUCAACCCUUGGAAACUUCUUAACCUAUUAAUUAAUUUAGUAAGUGGUGUUGUUUUUUUUUUUUUGCCACCUUGGAGUUGCUAACAUUUUAUUUCAUCUGUGUGGCUCUCAGACUUCACUGGUCAUGCUGUGAAACUAGUUGAUUUGUUCAAUUGUCAUUUCAUUUUAUCUUUGCUGAUGGUGGAAAUUAUAUAUAUAUAUAUAUAUAUAUAUAUAUAUAUAUAUAUUUCCAUAGACAAGGCUGCACUCACGGACUUCUUAAAAUCCAAUGAAAAAAAAUUACAUGCAUAUUUUAUUUUUAUUUUUUGAUCCUGAGGAAAGUCCGAGGGGGGUACUGAAACGUUGAUCCUAAUUUUAAUGUAUACCUAAUAAAGAAGUUUGGAUUUUAAGAAGUUCGUGAGUGCAGCCUUGUCCAUGGAAUUCUAUUUAUGUCAGCCCUAAGGCUUUUGGCACCCGGCAUCACUAUCUACAGCGUGAGUGCAAGGAUUAUUCUAUUUUUAAUAUAUAUAUUUUUAGCUCAUUUGCAUACGCCUACCCAGAAUCCCUUUGUAACAGUCACCUGGCGACUUAUGUAACAGUUUAACAGGAGUUGGAGCCCAGUUGCAGGAGAUGGCACAGGAGGAGGCAAAAACCAGAAGCGCAGUACAGAUUAAGGGGAAAUCCAAAGGCAGGGUCAGAUGAGAAGUAGAAGUCAGGACUGGCAGCUUAGUAACGUAGUCAGUAAAGCAGGCAGAGGUCAGAGUCCAGAGUCCAGAGUCCAGGAAAUCAGUCAGCAGAGUAUCAAAGAUCCGUCAGGAAACACCAAACAAGCAAAAUGACCAGAUGCUAGGUUUCAGACAGGGCUGGCUUUUACAGCCUGCUAAUUAGAUGCAGCUGACCCUAAUUGGAAAAGGGCUGCAGGUGGAUCAGCACUGCUUAAUCCAGGCAAGGGGUCAGGAAGCAGAAUAAUGCAAACAGAAACUGAAGCCCCCUGGUGUACAGCACGGCAGAGAACCUGACUGGGAUGCUGGAGCUGUGAGUUCAAACCCAGCCAGGUCUCUUAAAGGGGCAGCCACACCUUGCAGGGCUCAGGCUGUGCCGUGACACCCUUGCAAUAGUGAGAGCACUGUUAAAGUGACAUUUCUGUGGGAAAAGCAAGUCUUAUGGCUUGACUGGUGUGUGUAUUUGUGUUUAGCAAUGUAUUAACUAUAUAUUAACAUAUAGUAACACCUUAGAAAAGUUAAAUCUAAAUAGCCUCUUUCACAAUCUAUAUACUGUAUGUUAAUGCCUGCUAUCAAAAAGCUGUAUCAUAGAACUUUCUUAUACAUUAGUUUGUGUAAAUAUACUGCUUUUGUCUUAGCCUGCAUUGAUUAAUUUCAUAAUAACACAACUGGCUGGAAAAUUGUCGUUUUCACCCAAACCUUCGUGAUAAGGCCAGUCCACCAUGCCUCCUAAAUUACAGUGUCCACUCAUGGUUAUUUCGCAAUAUUUAAAGUUAUAUACACCUGUAUAUUUCAUCUAUAGGAAGAAUCAGUUCGCCAGUUCCUACUCACUAACCUGGUUCAAGAAAAUGAACAUUUCAAAUGGAGAGUGAAUCUUGAUGCCAUAUCUCACCAUCUGCAUGAUCUCCUAGAUUUUCCAGAAUUCAACAAGCCCUAUCCUGGACCUACACUGUUCCUAGGAGGAGCCAAGUCUCCGUAUAUUAGGUGAGUUAGGACAACUAAUACCCAGUAUGUGAGAAUCAUUGGCUUAAGAUUAUUGGGAAGAAAAGUGUUCAAUACUAAUGAUGUUCCUCCUGAAUUGAUAAUGUUGUUUUUUGAUUGUUUUCGGAGUUAUGGGCUACAGUCAUAAGUGAAUAAGGAGAGGAUGACAUAGCCUGUUGGCUAUGCAGAUUGUGUGGUCAUACAAGAUGUGUAUUAAAUGAGCCUUUGCGUCAUUUAAAAGUUGAUGGUGUUGUGCCUGGGGGACUGAGGGAGCGUGGCUGUGCGCCCCCAACGAAACUAAAACCCCCUGCCCUACUCCGCCACUUUCCCCUUCUCCCUCCCAACCCCCCCUCCAUUAUCCAACCUACACCGGAGAUGCUUAACUCCACUAGUUUCUACCCCGUGCCACAUCUAUGAACGACAAGCGGGGAUCAUCCUCACUCGUGUAGUACCCAAAGAAUUGAAUUCUCUUCGACUACACCUCACUCCAUUCCCAGCAAUGUGCGACCCAGCUGCCAUGACCCCGAAGGGUCACCAACCCUUACCCUUCAGGGUAAAGAAUGAGCACCUAAAUACGGGGCACUGUGGGUUCGCUAAGAGCCUUAAGUGAAACCCUAGAGCAGAUAUCACAAGUACCACGUGAAUGAAAUUCAAUAUGCCCUAACCUGAGACAGGAGGUCCUGUGCGUGUCAUGCAACCACACUUUAAUUACUAGGACCGUAUUCACAUAAUUUAACUCUAUUAUCUGCUUACUGCUUAUGGUAAGAUGUACACAUAAUGCAACUACCCUGUUAUAUGACUCUACUAAUGAUAUCUUCAUUCUGUAUUACUCCUGUAUUCCCUUUUUUUCUGUACUGAACUGUUUUAACUGUGUAUUUCCAAUGUCUACACGCAAUAUAUGUAAUAUAUGCGAAAAUUAAAAUAAAGAAUGUUUAAAAAAAAAAAGUUGAUGAGCAGAGUUAGGCAAAGUUCCAAAGGUUUCCUACCCUUGGUAAAGCGACAACUCUUCAUGAGCUCUGAGAGUGAAAUAGCUACAUUUUGAAAGAAUUGCUGCAUUAUGUAAGUUUCUACUGCCUUAUUUAAAUUUUUCCCGUGCUCUGAGUGUAACUUGUGUGUGCCCCAUGCACAACUUGACCUGGGUUUACUCCCCUGUCUGGAGAAAGAUUGGAGUUGCAGAUAGCUCAACUCUGCCAAUCAACCAGGCUGUGCGUGCACUGCUACCAACCACAACAUGGCUUCUGUUAGUUUACAGAACCGUUCCACUAAUCCUAUGUAAUGAGUGGAACAGAUCUUGGAUAUAAAGUACUUCUUCCAUAUACCUCUGCUGGACAUGGUAGAUGCUAUAUAGAAGGAAAUCAGGCUGUUUGGAUUGUCUCUUCCUGGCAUGGAUGGGUCUGCCUAGACUCUUUGUCUACAGGAUCAAUAUAAAUUUAAGUAUCUUUAUAUUUCUUUUUAGUUUCAAUUUUAACAUUAUUUAUAAUCCAUUAAAAUUGAGGUUAUUCUUUACCUACCAAGGCAAAUUCACCUUAAAAUACAUAAUUUAUUUAAUUAUUGUCCUUAAAGUGCUGUCUCCUAAAAUAACUAAUUUGUUUAAUACUGUCUUUGUGAAUUCUAUUUUUAUAGCAGUUUACUUUUAUGUUCACAGUUCAGAGAAUUUUCCUGAAAUAGAACGACUCUUCCCUUUUUCCAGUGUGGAAUAUAUUCAAGAUGCGGGCCACUGGGUACAUGCUGAGCAGACACAGGACUUCCUCAGUGCCAUCUGUAACUUUCUGCAGGAACCAUAAUAGAACUUUGGCUAACUUGUGACACAUGGGUUCAGAGAUUUAAUGAUCAGAAGGACAACAAGCUCUUGGAUGACAGAGAAGUUGUUAUCAGAAGAGAGUCAGUAAUUGAGAAGAUUUUACUAUUUGUAAAAAACAUCUAUGUAGUCAAACUGGUACAUGAACUUGACAUAUUAAGAGAUAGAAUGAAAAUUGUCAGAAUAAGAUUUAGGUCAACUGUGUUUAACUUUUGUUUUUGUGUUGGUUAUGUUGGUUGCAUGUAUUAUCGUUUACAUUUGAUGCAUACCAUGAUGUCUUAUUUAAAAACUUCUUAAAUCCAAUAGGAGAUAGUUCUCAGUUAUUUACCCAUCUCAAAGCCUGAUGUCUUCCAGAAUAUCUAUUACUUAGAUCCGCUGCUAGAGCCACACGAUUUGAACAGAUAGAGCGCAGUGCAAAUAAAUAAAUAAAUAUUUGUUUUAUGCAUUAUACCUUAUGCAUGGUAUUUGCAAAGCCUGUUUGCCUAUUUGCUUUGCUAUAUGUUCUGUAUGGAAGAGUAUACAGUGAUACGCACACAAACCUACUCCUAUUAAAAAAUGUAGGAGAGGCACCCUGAUGAGAAACGAAUACCCUUUCAGCUUCUUCUACCUCCCUGAGUGCUUAUUCAGUUUUGUUUGUUUUUAAUAAAAGGUUGUGCCAACCAGGAUUUGCUGGGAUAAUCUAGUCAUUUCCUGGUUUUACCAGGUAUCACCAUGGUAGAAUCAUAUGUUGAGGAUUUAUUGCAGUUGAGAUGUAUAUUUUCAUGUGUUUAUUGUAGUUCUGGGGAAGCUGUAUCGAUGACAAAGUUGCGAAGUAAUAGAUUUUAAUAUAUUGUAAUAGCGGUUUUUAUUGGACUAGCAAUGUUUUUGAAUGGUAAGCUCUCUGGAGUUAGUUAUUUUACCUGACAUUUAUAUUUAUUUUUAAAACAAAUUAUCCUUGUUUAUAUUAUUUGUUUCAUUGUAAGCAAUGCCUCAACGCUUUAAUGGUUACUAAGAGAACAAGCGCUUUAAUUGUACAAACACUUACAACGCAAACAUAAGUUAAUAUUUUUUGCUGUUUGUUUAUUUUUAACAAAACCACCUUAUUGGAAUGUGACAUUUGAGACUUGCAUAGGUCUUGUGUUUCUUCAGAUGCAUCUUCUUUUGGUCUUAUUAAUAUCCUGUACUUUGUGUAUGCUCAAAUCUUUACAACUUUUGCACACAAAAAUAAAUGUAUUGCAGUAUGCUGCUCCAUAUGCCCAUCUCUUUAACCAUGCCCCCUCAUGACAGAAAUACUUCCUUAUCAAAUGUAUCAAUACAAUCUCAGCCCCAAUAACACUGAAUGACAGACGGAAACCAUAAUCAGGUAGUGAUAUCUUUAUUAUAUGUUUCAGUAGGUUUCCUCUAUUUCUAAUGCAGGUUGUUUUCUAUUUUAGAUCAUGCAGCGCUGUCUGUUAAAAUUGUAUUGGUGCUUAGAGUGUCCCUUUAAUAAAUUAUUGUGAGAAUAACAAUACAAUAGUCUUAACUACAGUAUGUCCAUUAUAUGUGAAUGUCUACAUUUUGCAGUGUAUGUUAAAGGGACACUAUAGCCGUUUCUCAAGGAAGUGGUCUGGGUGGAGUGUCUCUGUCCUCUUAGCCCGGCAAUGUAAAUCAUUGCAUUUUCAGAGAAACUGCAAUGUUUACAUUUCAGGGUGUGACGGAGCUCCCUGUACCCCAGCUGGGUACCUCCACCAAGUGUGCUUCCAAGACGCUUGCAGGGAACCCUGGAACGCUUCUGCCCCAGUCUGCCCAAGCAUUGGUGAAGGUCUGAGUCAAAACAUCAUAGGAAAGCUAAAAUAUUUCAUCAGAGGGGUGAAAAAGUGUAUUAUAUAUUUACAUGAAGGAUUUUAAUAUAUAUCUUAAUGAUUUUCUCACCCCUCUGAUGGAGUAUUUUAGAUUUCCUAUGAUAUUUUGACUCAGACCUUUACCUAUGUUUUUUACUAAACUUUGGCAAAUUAACCCUCAUGACCUCUCUAGUGUUUUGACCUGGUUUGAUUGAAAUGCCUAUAAAUAUCUGUGCUGAGCUAUGUGCCAUAGUGCUACUCUAUUGCCAUCUACUGACCUAUUAGGAAUAUACAGUCUUUGUCAUACUACCAAAGACUGACAAGCCUAAAGAAACAUUUGAAAUGACUUACUGGUCAAAUAGCAAUAGCUCAAGCCAGCAAAUAGUAGUUGAGUGGUGUCAAACUCCAGUGCACACUCGUAUAAUAUCUCAUAAAGGCUUGUAGAGAAUUGUGAAUUGUAGACUAAGGCGUUCCUUGGUGUGCAAACUCACUUUAGCUUUGUGUGGCAGUGAGAGCAAAGAUCUUACUUCUGCAGGGAUUUACAUAAUCAGGGUGAAUCCCUUUGUAUUAAGAUAUGACCUUGUUAAAUUAAUAGCCUGGGAAAAAGCUUUAUACACAAAUAAUGUAUUUACAUUGAGAACACAUCUGUACAAAAUCUGCAUUUCAUGAACAUUACACUGUAACACACAGGCAGUUUAAAGAUAUAUUAUAAAAUAUUGUUAAGUACAAUCAGUUUCCACCUUUCACAUGUGUACUAGUGUAGGUCUGCCCUGGAACAGUGCUUGCUUAUAUUAAAGCUCAUUAUCUGUCUGCCCUUUAGGCAUUUCAUCCUCUGCUGUUACUCUACCUGUAUCUGCUGUUUGGAUAUCUGACCUGGUUUCUUCUACAAAUUACUUGUUCAUUACAUCCCCGAUUAUCUCAUCAGCCUGGCUUCACAUAUUCAAUCCUUUUAGGAUUUCAAAUUGUAGAAUUCUCUGUUAACUGAGCAUCGUUCCACAUCCCCAAACCUACAUUCUGCUUUCUACCACUGAGUUGGAGCCUAUUCCAGUUCAGGUCUUCUCAGGUAAUGGCGAUUCACAAGAGUGCUCUCUUCCUUGUGUCUGGGUUCCAUCUUAAUUUAUACUGAACUCCAGGCAAAAUACAUUUUGAUUUUACUUUAGGAUUUUUAACUUAAACAUUUAUGCCAUUGGUCUAGAACAAUAAGUCACGAAUAUAAUAACAUUGUUAAAGGAACACUAUGAGUGCCAAAACAACUUUAGCUUAAUGAAGUGAAUUUAGUGUACAGAUCAUGCCAUUUAUGAGUUAAAUAACUUUUUUUUAUGCCACCCUAGCCGUACCUCCCCUGCAUGUGACUUGCACAGCCUUCCUAAACACUUCCAGUAAACAGAGCUCUAAUGCAUAAACUUCUCUUAUUGCACAGUCUGUUUAAUUUAGAAUUUCAUGUCACCUGUUCUGUUAAUAGCCACUAGGAUCUGCAUGAGCCUCAAUUGUUUACAACUGAAGUUCAAAAUCUAAGUAAACACACUUAACUGGUUGGAAAUGAAACCAUUUGCUAGGGCUUUAUAAACAGAAACAAAAGUGACUUAACUCCUAAAUGACAGUAAAUUGAACAGUGAGACUGCAUGGGGCACUAAACUGCUUCAUUAAGCUAAAGUUUUGGUGACUACAGUGUCUCUGUAAGUAUCACAUUGCAUCAUCAGUGGGAGGGCCAAGACUGAACCUGUUUGUUCUAACUUAUAUGUCUUGUAAUAACUUGAGAUUUUUUUCUUUGUGUAUUAUUAUUAUUAUUAUGUUAUUUAUAUAGCGUCAUCAUGUAUGUCUAUAAUUUGUUGGGUAGAGCUCUGUUAAAUAAUUGUAUUUAGUUUAUUGUGCUUAUGUCUUUUUCUUGUCAGCUGACUUACAUAUAC